CCGGGAAUCGGGAGCCGGGAAUCGGGAGCCGGGAACGGGGACCCGAGCCGUGCCUGCCGACGCUGCCGCCUUCCCGGUUUCUUCCUCCUCUGUUUUCAGCGAAAUAGCAAAGCAGCAGCAGUUGUGCCCAAUAACAUCAAUCCCCGGCUGCCACCCCCUCGGUGAAACUAGCUGCAGAAAAGAGAACUCUAAUUCCGGGCUCUGCCACUUGCCUGCUGUGUGACCUUGGAAUUGGCAUAUUUCCUGAAAUCUUAACACAAUGGCAGUAAAUGAAAGUGCCAGCAUCUUGAAUUCAGCAUCUCUGGCGGUGGAGUACGUAGACUCUCUAUUACCUGGAAAUCCUCUGCAGGAACCAUUUAAAAAUGCUUGGAACUAUAUGCUGGACAAUUACACCAGAUUUCAGAUCGCAACAUGGGGCUCACUUAUAGUUCAUGAAGUUGUGUACUUCUUGUUCUCUACUCCUGGUUUUUUGUUUCAGUUCAUUCCUUACAUGCAAAAAUACAAAAUUCAAAAGGAUAAGCCAGAAACUUGGGCAGGCCAGUGGAAAUGCUUCAAACUUCUCCUUUUCUCUCACUUCUGUAUUCAGUUACCUUUGAUUUGUGGUGUCUACUAUUUUACAGAGUAUUUUGACAUUCCUUAUGACUGGGAAAGAAUGCCGAGAUGGUGUUUCCUGUUGGCCCGAUGUUUUGGCUGUGCAGUGAUUGAAGACACCUGGCAUUACUUUCUGCACAGACUCUUACAUCACAAAAGAAUAUACAAAUACAUCCAUAAAAUUCAUCAUGAGUUUCCGUCCCCAUUUGGAAUGGAAGCUGAAUACGCACAUCCUCUGGAAACCCUGAUUCUUGGAACUGGAUUCUUUAUUGGAAUUUUAAUCUUCUGCGACCACGUGAUUCUGCUGUGGGCUUGGGUGACAUUUCGCUUGGCGGAAACCAUCGAUGUGCACAGCGGUUACGAUAUUCCUUUCAAUCCUUUGAACCUCAUCCCUUUUUAUGGCGGCGUUCGGCACCAUGACUUCCACCACAUGAACUUCGUUGGAAACUAUGCUUCGACCUUUACGUGGUGGGACAGGCUCUUUGGCACAGACGCUCAGUAUCUCGCCUACAUCGAAAAGACAAAGAACUUGGAGUCAUUGGAAAAAAAGGCUAAAUAGACUUCUUGCGCUGUGGAAGUAAUAUUCUAAGAAUAGCCUACCAUUUAUAUUUUCAUUAAAGCUGGUGGCUAACAUUGCUUCAAGAGAACAAAAAUAAGCGUAUCCCGGCUAUUAAGUGUCAUGGAAAAUAUUAACAAUAACGUGGAGAGUUUGGCGGUGUCUUCCUAGUGGGAACUCUUUUUUCUACUUUAUACACAUUCUGUGUAUUUAAGUAUAGAAAUAUGUCUUUGUGCAUAUAUGUACAUAUAAUUGUGAAUCAAGUGAGGGAUGCUUAAGAGGCCAUAUUACUGACUUGAAAAGGAAAAACUACGAAGACUUUUUGGGAUUUGGGAUUAUGUCAUUUUUACAUAAUUUUAGGAUUAUGUAAUUUUUUUUUAAAAAAAACCUCUGGUAAAACCAAAGGGAACUGAAAUUGGCCUUGAAGUCUCUUAAAUAUAUACUGUCCUUUAUGGAAGUAUACCACAUCUCUAAUGUAUUUGGUAUCAUGCUUGAAAUUUCAUACAGUUUUUAGGAAAAUGCCUAAAAAUCAAAGUAUUAAGAAUAGAGGAAAAUCAGCCGAAGCACUGAAUAACUGAAGCUGCUAGUUCGAGGAAACCUGGUCUAUCUGCAUUUGUCACAGCCGUGCUUGGUGUAGUCGUCAUGAGGGUUGGGUUCUCUUGGGGAUUGUUCCAUAGAGAGAGGUCAUCCUGCUGCCAUUUUGAAAGGAACCCAGUUAGGUACACUUUGCAAGUGAAAACAUUCCUGACAUGAGUGAAAUAGUACAUUUUCUGCUGGAGACUGAGAAAAGCUGUAUCUUAGGUGACCUGAAACCAAGGAGCUUUUCUUUUAACGGUUCCUUUUUGCUGUACCUAGCAUUUACAUUACAUUUUGAUCCGCGUGACCGUAAUCUGCCUGAACUGAUUUAUUGCUGUUGUUUGCACUUCUGUCUAUUGAAAUAAAUGGUUUUUUGUUUGUCGAA